GAGGUUUAGAUAUCACCACUGUAUAAAACAGAAAGAGGUCAACAGAUUUCAGUAACCUCUAAUUUUGAUUAAAAGAAAAAAUAAUUCCACAAAAUGAAGCGAAACAAUCUUAAUCCUACCUGUGAGAAUUUGGAGAACGUUUAAGUUCAUCUGUAAAAUAAAGAGAUGACAUUUCAGUAAGCCUACACAGUAUCAUAGUUAAGAAAACUAAAUUGUCAGAAAAGCUUACUAAAGUAUGAACUUCAGACACAACCAAAUAGAAUUUGACAACAUUAAAAUCUUCCUCGUGCUGUCUUCUGUCGAUUAAUCUGUCUGACUCUUUUCACACACACUCAAAUUAACUAAAGGCGCCAUCUUGAGAUAAAACAUUUACUGCGGUUUGCUUUCAUUCGAAAUUAUAUAAAUUCAUGCUUUCAAUAUUGUUGCAGUGUUGUUAGGAAAACGUUUUAUUUGUGUGUUACUUAAUAAAUUUAAACAUUUUUGCGUUUGAGUAAAAUUAUUAAUUAAAAUUUAAACUCAAAAUAGUUUCUCAGCACCCAAAUCCAUUUAACACAACAAAAACUGAAUUAAAAGCAUCUAAAACAAAUAAAUCUAUUUAAAAGUAUUUACAUUGUUUUAUUUUAAUGGUUUUCAGAUCAACUUUUAUUUUAGAUCAAACCCUUAAAUUAACACAGGCUAAAAAUUGUUAGCAUUUGCAACGGCCCUCGAUCGGUCAAACCUGCCUGAGCAGAAGCGUCUUCUCUAGCAUGUGUUUAACGAGCACCAGCAGACCUGACCAACACUCUCAGCAUGACCGCCACACCGUUCUCUCCACCGCUGUACAUGCAGCGAUACCAGUUUGUUAUCGAUUAUGUGAAAACCUACCGACCUAGAAAGGUAAACAAAUAUCAAAAACUGUAUUUUAAACGACUUUGCUUGAACUAGCACUAUCAAUGGUCUUUUAUACACCUUCUUCCUACCUUGUCUUGGCCGUUUCUUCCGUCUUCAGGUCAUCGAUUUCGGAUGCGCCGAAUGUUGCUUACUGAAAAAGCUCAAGUUUCAUCGCAACGGCAUACAGUUGUUAGUGGGAGUUGAUAUAAACAGUGUCGUCCUCCUGAAAAGAAUAACUGCAAAUCAGGCUUCUAUACAUUUUCUCUCACUCUCAUGCAUGAUUGAGGCAUUCAUUAGCACCACUGGUGAGUGAUUACCUUCAGCCAAGCGAUGGCCCUUUAACCAUCGAGUUGUACCAAGGGUCUGUAAUGGAGAGAGAGCCGUGCACCAAAGGAUUUGAUCUUGUGACAUGUGUUGAGCUGAUCGAACAUCUGGAGCUGGAGGAGGUGGAGAGGUUUUCAGAGGUGGUGUUCGGCUACAUGGCGCCCGGUGCUGUGAUUGUCACCACACCAAAUGCAGAGUUCAACCCGCUGCUGCCGGGCCUGAGAGGCUUCAGAAACUAUGAUCAUAAGUUUGAAUGGACCAGAGCAGAGUUUCAGACCUGGGCUCAUAGAGUUUGUAGAGAACAUGGCUACUCCGUUCAAUUCACUGGAGUCGGAGAAGCAGCUGGCCACUGGAGAGAUGUGGGAUUUUGCACCCAGAUUGCAGUGUUCCAGAGAAAUUUUGAUGGAGUAAAUCGGUCCAUGAGUAAUGCCGAACACUUGGAACCUUCAGUGUACAGACUGCUAUACAGGGUGGUGUAUCCGAGCCUGUGCGAUAACAACAUCUACCAGAAGACUUUGAUUAAUGAGGUCCUGUAUGAGGCUCAACAUCUGAGGCAGCAAUGGCUCAUAAGAGAGAACAUGAACAACAAUGCACAUUUCUACUCUCCUCCAUUAAUGGAAGCAUUGCAUCAUGGGGCCGAAGGGAAUGCAUGUGAGCAGCAGCCUGUCUACCAGCAGGGUGGCAUCAUCUGCGUCCCGUUAGCCCGUGUGUGGUCCUGUCCCAGGGUCCAAGCUCUGUGCGGGAGCCUGCAGCGUCUCAGAGAGAAACUGCUGGAGGAUGAGCGGGUGAGGAUGAGCGCUGAUGGAAGUGCGCUUAAUCUGCCAGCUGAUGAUGACGAUGAUAAUGUGGAAGAGGAGGAGGAAGAAGAAGAGGAGGAGAACCAGCAGAAUGUCAAAGCAGUAUCGGGUGCAGUAAACAACAUGGAGGAGGACUGGGAUAGAGAGCUUGGUAGCUAUGGAGACGAAUAACAAAUCGGGAAAGCUCUGUAAGCAAAAUAAAAGAAAUGUGUGAUUGACUGAGAUGUUGUUGAAAAGAUAAAAAUCAUUAAACAUAUCAUUAAAAAGGC